AUGGACCAAGGAAUACAAGAGCAGGAAAACCAAACCCUAGUUGAUGAAAACUUCGCCCUUUUCUCCAAAAGUUUCAAAACCAAACCCAAAACCCCUAAACCCUCCCAACACUCUGAUGAUUCUCAGAACCACAAUCCACAGAAACCCAAAAUAGAAAAAUUUUCAAACACAAAUUCUGAUGUUAAUCACAUUGCUACUACAAAUUCGGUUGCUUUCUCUGAGCUUGGCCUUGCCGAAUGGGCCAUUCAAACGUGCAAAGAGCUCAGAUUUCGGGGGCCAGCGUCUGUCCAAACCCACUGUAUUCCCAAAAUCCUUGCUGGGCAUUGCACAGACGGGUAGCGAGAAGAAGGCGGCUUUUGCGCUGCCAUCCUGCAUCGCCUGGCUGAGAAUCCCUAUGGAGUGUUUGCCCUGGUGAUAACGCCAACGCGGGAGCUUGCAACCCAGUUGGCAGAGCAGUUCAAGGCCCUGGGAUCCUGUCUGCAUCUAAGGUGUGCUGUGGUGGUGGGCGGCUUCGAUGUGAUCAGAUAGGCAAAGAGCUUGUCCUCGAGACCCCAUGUGGUUGUGGCGGCCCCCGGUAGGCUCAAGGUCUUGCUGGAGGAGAAUCCGGAUAUUCCUCCCAUGUUUGAAAGGACCAAGUUUUUAGUUUUGGAUGAGGCUGAUAGAGUUUUGGAUGUAGGAUUUGAGGAGGAAUUGAGAGUGAUCUUUCAGUGCUUGCCAAAAAAUCGACUAACUCUCUUAUUUUCUGCAACAAUGACUAGCAACCUGCAAACACUACUUGAGUUUUCUGCCAAUAAAGCAUACUUCUAUGAGGCAUAUGAAGGCUCCAAGAUGGUUGAAACACUUAAGCAGCAGUAUGUUUUCAUCCCUAAAACUGUAAAGGAUGUUAUCUGGUCCACAUUUUGUCCAAAAUGGAAGAUAUGAAUAUUCACUCGGCCAUGAUAUUUGUCUCGAGAUGCAGAGAGUGUCACCUUCUAAGUUUAUUACUGGAAGAGCUUGAUGUAGAGACUGCAGCCCUGCAUUGACUCAAAUCUCAGGCUCUAAGGCUUUCCGCAAUACAUCACUUUAAAUCUGGACGAGUUUCUAUACUUAUUGUGACUGAUGUUGCCAGUUGUGGUUUGGACAUUCCUACUGUUGAUCUGGCUAUAAAUUAUGAUAUUCCAAGAGAUUACGUUCAUCGUGUGGGCAGAACAGCAAGAGCUGGUAGAGGAGGGUUCGCUGUGAGCUUUGUUACUGAGAAUGAUGUACAGCUUGUUCAUGAAAUAGAGGCUGAAUUGGGAAAGCAGUUGGAAGAGUUCAAUUGUAAAGAAAAGGAAGUGCUUUCUGAUUUCACAAAGGUUUGUAAGGCGAAGCGGGUAGCUACGAUGAAAAUAAUGAUGGAUGAUCGCUUUGAAGAGAAAGUAAGAGAACGGAGAAAACAGAAACUCAAAACACCAGCGGAGGAGGGAUUCCUAAAGAAAAAGGAUAGAAAGAGAAAAGGACAAAAACCUGCAAAAACUAGUGAUAAUUUGUAAUCUUUACCUUACUAAAAGUAAAUGUUCAUGCUUUAU